AAAAGAAUGGUGGCGCUUAUUAAGAGCCAUCUGACAUUCCCCUUCCUCAUAACACUGAGGAACUAAUAUAGAAGAACUGGAACCAAGCUGGGAUGUUACAGUACAUUCAACUCUUUUAAAAGUGCAGCAUGGUGCCAGCUGAGAGAAUCCAGAAACUUUCCAACAUCAUUUAUUAUUUAAUUGUGUGCUCCAGCUUUACAGUUGGCUCGUUGGCAACGUGUGUCACACGUCGUUGCCUGGCUAGCAAGCUGAUUGCAAUGCAGCUAUUCAGUCCUCCGAUGCCGCCGGAAUGUACUAUUACUGUAAAUCUUACAUCCAUUCAAUAUGAGACCCUGUCUGUGAAUACAAAAUCCCUGCAUUUCUCAAGUCGUAUUAGAGUUGAUAUGGAAUGGAACGACCCAGACCUUGCAUGGACAGACACGGCAUACAAUUUUCCAGAAAUUAUGAUGCCAGUUGACACAAUCUGGACUCCUGAUCUAACUGUAGACAAUGCAAUCAGCACGAAUGUGAAGCCUGUCUCCACUGAUAUAUUAGUGAAACAAGAUGGGACUGUGCAACACGCUAUCCAACUGUACAUUACUGUGGUGUGUGGAAUCAACCUUUUUACCUAUCCUUUUGUACGAGAUGGGUGCCCAGUAGCCCUCAAUGGAUGGAGUGAAAACACUUGUGGCCUACGCAUCCUCUAUGGGUCUGUGUCAUCAGUUGGAACAAAUCGAGGCGAAUGGAUAACUUUGUCAGUGGAGCUAAACCAGGACAAAGAAAGGCUGGACCGCAAUUAUCUCUAUGUCACUAUGUCCACCAACCCGUUCAAUACAAUAGUGACACUCCUUCUCCCCAGUGCACUUAUCAUGUUAGCUGAUUUGGGGAGCUUUGCUCUGCCACUGGAAGGCGGAAAUCGCAGUUCCUUUAAAAUCACACUGGUGCUCAGCUUUACUAUGUCCCUGCUCAUUCUCACCGAAAACCUGCCUGACACCGGCCUCUGCAGCCCCCUGAUCCGUUAUCACUUUUGUUUCUGCUUGAUCAUUUUGGUUUUGAGCUUGCUGUUAUCCAUGGUGCUCUCACGAUUUUCUGACAGUGGUGCCAUCUUGCCCAGGAAACGACAAAAGCCAUGCGAAUCAAGCUACAUCAACCGCAAAGAUGGGAUAAAUAAGGAUAUGACCCUGAAUGGUAUGUCUACAAUCUCAGAUGAAGUGACUGCCAAGGACGCUUCAAUCCAGAAAAUUGUGACUUUCGUGGAGAACAUAGAGAAAACGAAUGAGAAGACAAAGAAGAGGCAUGAAUAUGCAAGUCGGUUUGACAGAGCCUGCUUCUGGGCCUACCUUUUCCUUGACAUUGUUUAUGUCAUUUGUGUGAUUGGUAUUACUAGAACAGAGUUUUGUAAAAUCAACAAUUUCGAUUUCUGGAUGUAAUAUAACUAUUGUUGAGGUCAUAAAGAAAAUAUAUUAUAUUAAAAACAGAUAUUAUUAAGCAAUGAUUUAAGGGAGUUCUAACACAUGUCUUGCAAUCCAUUCUUUAAAAGGGUUCUGUAAAAGACUGUUUCCCAGUUCCUAAAUAUAAAGUAACAAUUAGUUGUAGUCUUUGAAGAAGGAGGUCUUAUAA